AUGGCUGAAGCAACCGACGAUAAUGCGAGUGGAGAUACUGUUUCAGUAGUCAAACCUGAAGUUUCCGAAGCCCCAGAAACUAUUCCACCACCAAAACCAGAUGUGGAACUGAUAGUAGAUGGUUUCGGUUUCAUGCCAAAGGAAACAAAGCUGGAUUCAAAAUCCCUCUCUACAGAUUUAAAGAAAUCUUCUAAAGUAUUAAAAGAUAUUAAAUCCCCCGCAAGCGAACAUAGUCCAUGUGCGUCUAGCACCAAUAUUGAUAUCGUCAGAAGGUAUACUUGGAGGACAAAAAAUAGGAUGACAGUACAGGUUAUAACCUAUGGCGCCACCAUCACAUCAAUUCAAGUACCUGAUAAGAGAGGUGUUCCAGAUGAUGUGGUAGCAGGUUUCGAUACGUUAGAAGAAUAUUUCCAACCAAGAAAUCCAUACUUCGGUGCAACUAUAGGGCGUUAUGCGAACUAUAUACAAGACGGAACAAUGGUCGUGAGACCUUCUGGCAGGAUGUACAUGCUCUCUACCAACAGAGGACAUAAUCAUUAUCACGGAGGAUACGUUGGAUUUGAUAAGGUUAACUGGCGAUCUUAUGUAACGGGCAACAAAGUCAUCAUGAGUCACGUCUCAGAGAGAUUCCACGAAGGUUAUCCUGGUACUGUGAUGGCACAAGUUUCUUUUGAAGUGACUUGCGAUAAUACAAUUAAAAUUGAAAUGAAAUGUACAACGAGUGAACCGACAAUAGUGAAUUUAAGUAACACCAAUUACUUUAACCUGGCUGGACAUCAUUCCGGCCCAGAUCUAAUGUAUGAUCAUAUUAUUACAAUCAACGCUGAUAAAUACACAGCUGUGGAUGAAGAGGGACUUGUGACAGGGGAAAAGAACGUUGUUGGCGGAACACCAUAUGACUUCAGAGUACCUAGGUCAUUGCGGGUGAUGUUGCCGAAAAUUCCAAUGGGUGGCUAUGAUAUCAAUUUCUGCGUAACUCAGGGCACGGAACAAGAUCUUACAUUCCAAGCAAGAGCCCUUCAUCCGCUGACAGGGAGAGUGUUAGAAAUUUACAGCAAUCAACCUGGAAUGCAAUUCUAUACAGGAAACCUUUUGCCCGAUCCCGAUAAAAUUGUUGAAGAACCGGGUGAAACUGAAGAGGAAGGCAAAUCUGAAUCUGAAUCUGAAUCUGACAGUGGGAGCGAAAGCGAGUCGAAAAGUAGUGAGGAGGAGGAGAGUGCAAGAGGUGAAGAGACGAUAGAAGAGGCUAAGGAAGACGAGGGCAAGAGAAGUUAUGGAUAUGUACCACUAAUGGGUAAACAUGGCACGUUUUACCGAAAACAUGGACUAUUUUGUAUGAUGCCGCAGAACUAUCCGGACGCCGUCAAUCAUAAAAACUUCCCGAAUUCCGUUCUAAACCCAGGAGAAACCUACAUACACAAAAUACAGUACAAGUUUGGUAUUUUAUUAGGAAAAUAUGUAUGA